AUGCCGAAGCCUACUCCCGAAGAGGAUUUGAUAAUACCUCCACAGGAUCAAAAAAUAUGUGGGACAAUAUGUGUUUGUCAAAUGACAGCCGUUCUUAGCUGCGUGGCCAUUGUGUACCUUACAGUAGCUAUUUACAUGCCAUACACACGCGCAAUCGCUUCAGGAAUCGACCCAACACCCAUUAUGUGUACAACAACAAGGGCUGUGAACAAAGAUAACUGCGAUUGGGGAUCGUGUGGUGAAUGGUGCUUGAGUAAAACUUCCGGAGCAUGCAUUCAGAUCUAUGUUAAUGUACGAAAAAAUGGUUCGUCCUUGCUUCUAUCUGAAUGUGGUAGUGCCGCAAAUAAAACAUGUUACGGUAUCGACCAAGAAAACGCAAAGAAAUACCACUGCAUCCGCGAUGAGUGUAGGAAUUUAACAGGAACAUUCAAUUGCACCGAAGGAAAAUGUAUAAACAUAACAGAUGCUUUUGAAUGUGCUUUCAGGGAAACAGAUCCACCAUUAAAAUGUUCUGGAAGGAGAGGGAAAAUAACUUGUAUAGACGUUCACGGCUUAUUUUCUUGUAGUAGAGGAACUUGUAGAAAAAUAAGAACACCGUACAAUUGUGAUCGUCGCUGCGUUGAUAUUCCAACUCGUAAUAAGAACGUAAUAGUGCUAAGUGGGGACAGAGUUUUUCUUGCGAAAUGUGCAAAAUUGGCUCAGGAAGACGGAGGAAAUAUAGUAUGGACUGAUUCGGGUGAAGAAGUUCUUAUGUUGUCAUGUCAUGCUGUUCAUAAUGGCUCUAAUGGGGUUGUCGCUGUUGAUUGUAUUAAUGCAGCUUUGCUUCCACGGAUCGAUAUCGCAGAUUUAACCAACUUUACAUAUUUACAAUAUUUAUACACUACAAGGGCUGUGCCUAACAGAUUCAUAGCUCCAUCUGAAGUAGAAUUGACAUUAGCCAAUGAUAGUCGACUAAUGAUAAAUUUGGAAGGCUGUGUCAAUACACUAGCAGACGAGUGCAAAGAUUUCUUGAAGACAUUUGGUCGUGAUGGCACAGAUCAUAACGCUAAGGCCAGGUUCCCUUGUUUCCACACUGAAAAUAAUCCGGACAUUGUUGUUGCUAGAUUCGAUUUAGACGCCACCUAUCGGCAGUUUAUUGUAGCUUUACUACUUCCAACAGUUUUAGUAGUAGUAUCGUGUAUUACAUUGAUGUUGUGUCAAAAGACGGUAGAAGUGGGUGAUGAUGCGAAGAUGAGAUUUAAGGCAUGUGGCGGUGGACAAGCAGAGUUGCAAAUGUCUCCAAACGAUCCUGUAUCUCCCCUC